GGAAGGAAGGAAGGAAGGAAGGAAAGGAGAGAAAGAAGGAAAGAAAGGAGAGAAAGGAGAGAAAGGAGAGAAAGGAGAGAAAGAAGGAAGGAAAGGAGAGAAAGAAAGAAGGAAAGGAGAGAAAGAAGGAAGGAAAGGAGAGAAAGAAAGAAGGAAAGGAGAGAAAGAAAGAAGGAAAGAAGUAAAGGUAGCACUGUCUACAGUACAAGAUUGUCAGAGAAGGUUCCCCCAUUGCUGCCACCAAAUAGUUAAAAUGUUCCAAGCCCUGUCCGAAAUGCAGUGUCCCGCUGUUGCUCUCUGCCCAGGCCGAGGUUUCAUCCUCCCCCCGCCCCGCCCCGCAGCCCUCAGCCCCGCUCCAUCCAUGCCCGCUGACAGCCGGCCCCUGCACAGCCCGGACUGCGGGCACGGUGGGCGGAUGGGCUGUUUUGUUUCCUCGGCAGGUUUCGGAGGAGGAGGGCCUGGAGUUGCCCCCCGAAGUGCGGGAGAGGCCGGGGCUGUGCCUCGGUGCCGCAUGUGGAAAGCGCUCUGCAAGAGCCGGGACUUCACCGAGAGAAAAAUGCAGAAAGUGUGAUUGCAUCUCGGAUCAGAAAAGAAGCCGAAAGACUCAGAGAAAAACCCCAAAUGAAAUAUUGGUUUGGAGAAAGAAAAAAAAAAAAAAAAAAAAAAAAAAAAAAAAAAAAAAAAAGUCCAUACAAAUAUCUGUCUACCUUCUGGAUUUACCCCUCGCUCUCCUUCCUUCCUUCUCUUUAUUCUUUCCUUCCUUUUUUUUUUUUUCUUUUUCCCCCUUUUUUAUAUUUAUUUAUCUUUAUUUUUUUCUCUCUUUCCUUUACUUUUCCUCUCCCUUUUUUUUUUCUCCUUCCUUCCUUUCCUUCCUUUCCCUUCCUUCCUUUCCCUCUUUCAUCUCAUCUCUCCCUUCCCCUCUCCCUUCCUCCCUUCUCAUUCCCUCCCUGUUUCCCUUUCCAUUCCUCUCCCUUCUCCCACCCCUCCCUCUUCUGCCCUGUCCCCUCUCUCCCUGCCGGGGCACACCAGCACUAUUACAGCCCGGCUGCUCUCCAUUCCCCUCCCAGCAGCGCAUCCCCUGGAUGCAGCAGGCCCGUUCCAAGUUCAAAGUCUCAUGGCCAUCCCCCGAGAGUCUCUUUAUCCCUCCCUGCACCGCGGCCCCUUUUCCCCAGGCAGCAGAGAGCCUCGCUCCAAUACGAGUGUGGUUCCAGAGCCGGGCCAGAGCUCUCCUUGAUGAACAAAACUUCAAGUCUGAUUUUAAUUUUAAUUUUUAUUCUUUUUUUCCCAACAGGUUUCUGGCCACUCCUGACCUGCAGGAUCCCUGCUGGGAGCACCCUCCUUCUCUUCUUCCGGAGGCGACGUUCGGCUGCGAAGAGAGGCUGUCCGCUCCCGCCCGAGGCCCGGCCCCGCUUGUCCUCCGCCCUGGGUAGGGCUCCCGGCCCUGCCCGCACCUCCCGGCCUCUCCCGGCAGCUGUGGAGCAGCCGCCAGCGCAGCCCCUCGCAGGAUUCUCGCAACCCCGAGCCGGACGCGCACGGCUCUGCGCUGCCCUCGGAGGGCCCGGCUGUGAUCCCCACGCACGGGGCAGCCCAUGCGCGAUGAAGGCCGCCCCGAGCAGUCGGGCCGGGCAGGGCGGAGUGAUGGAUUUGGGAUUUGGAAGCCGAGGAGGGCUGUAACCGCCCACUUUCUCUCGGUGCCCCGGCAGAACGUUUUCGCCGUUAUAAAAUAUCUCUCCCCGCUCCCUAACCAUCAAUAAGACGUGCAGUAAAGACGAUUGUUUGUAAAUGCUGCUCGUGAGCAUUAGCAUACAUUUACAUAGGCAACACUGUGGAAAACCCUCCGGAGCCGAUGUCCCGAGCCCGAGUUUAAGGAGAAAGUGCCCGUGGGGGCGACCUUCGGGGCCGGGCCUGGACCAGAGCCGGGAGAGCUCCGGCGGGGUUGCAGCCCUCCGAGUGCCCCGGGUAGCCCCCUCCUCCCCCACCCAGCGCACACAGCGAUGCUCGGACCCGGGCGCGGUUCCACGUGGGGCCCGUCCGAGCCCCCCCGCUGCCAGCCGCGGGUCGGCCGCCUGUUAUUCGGCUGUAAAAUAUUUUCUUUGUUUUAUGGCCUCUCAUAAAAAGAAAUUGAUCGGGGGGAUAGAUUUGAAUUAAGCCAUAUUAAAUCGAUGACAGAUCCCUAUCACGCUGCGUUUAACGAGGGCCGGGUGAGGAGGCGUGCGCGGGGCCGCGCUCCCUUUCUGCGCGCUCCCGGCGCCCCGUGACACCGCGAUUUUGUGUGUGUGUGGGGUCAGUGUGUGCGCGCGUGACACACGAGCCCAGGGACACAGUCAUAUCGAUGUACAGGGAACUGGUGGAAAGCUUUACUGUGCCAUAAAACCAUCGAGAGUCUCCAGUAAAG